AAGAAGAAAUCUUCAAUGGAAGACCCCCAGGGGAUAAAUGGACAGUCUGUGCAAACAUCUCAAACCAGUUCAGAUGUUGCUGUUUCCUCAAGUUGCAGGUCUAUGGAAAUGCAGGAUCUAACCAGCCCGCAUAGCCGUCUGAGUGGUAGUAGUGAAUCCCCCAAACUCGAUAACUCUCAUAUAAAUAGUAAUUCCAUGACUCCCAAUGGCACCGAAGUUAAAACAGAGCCAAUGAGCAGCAGUGAAAUAGUUUCAACAACAGCAGACGGGUCUUUAGACAAUUUCUCAGGUUCAGCCAUUGGGAGCAGUAGCUUCAGCCCAAGACCGUCUCACCAGUUCUCCCCACCACAGAUUUAUCCUUCCAACAGACCAUACCCACAUAUUCUCCCUACCCCUUCCUCACAAACUAUGGCUGCAUAUGGGCAAACACAGUUUACCACAGGAAUGCAACAAGCUACAGCCUAUGCCACGUACCCACAGCCGGGACAGCCCUAUGGAAUUUCCUCCUAUGGUGCACUGUGGGCAGGCAUCAAGACUGAAGGUGGAUUGUCACAGUCUCAGUCACCUGGACAGACAGGAUUUCUCAGCUAUGGUACAAGCUUUGGGACCCCUCAACCUGGACAGGCACCGUAUAGCUACCAGAUGCAAGGUAGCAGUUUUACAACAUCAUCAGGAUUAUAUACAGGAAAUAAUUCACUCACGAAUUCCUCUGGAUUUAACAGUUCACAGCAGGACUAUCCAUCGUAUCCCAGCUUCGGCCAGGGUCAGUAUGCACAGUAUUACAACAGCUCGCCGUACCCGGCACAUUACAUGACAAGUAGCAACAACAGCCCAACGACGCCGUCCACAAAUGCCACUUACCAGCUUCAGGAACCGCCAUCUGGCGUCACCAGCCAAGCAGUGACAGAUCCCGCAGCAGAGUACAGUACAAUCCACAGCCCGUCAACACCCAUUAAAGAUUCAGAUUCUGAUCGAUUGCGUCGAGGUUCAGAUGGGAAGUCACGUGGACGGGGCCGAAGAAACAAUAAUCCUUCUCCUCCGCCAGAUUCUGAUCUUGAGAGGGUGUUCAUCUGGGACUUGGACGAGACAAUCAUCGUUUUCCACUCCUUGCUCACUGGGUCCUACGCCAACAGAUACGGGAGGGAUCCACCUACUUCAGUUUCCCUUGGACUACGAAUGGAGGAAAUGAUUUUCAACUUGGCAGACACACAUCUAUUUUUUAACGACUUAGAGGAAUGUGACCAAGUUCAUAUAGAUGACGUCUCUUCAGAUGACAAUGGACAAGACCUAAGCACAUAUAACUUUGGAACAGAUGGCUUUCCUGCUGCGGCAACCAGCGCUAAUUUAUGCUUGGCAACCGGCGUGCGGGGCGGUGUAGACUGGAUGAGAAAGUUGGCCUUCCGUUACAGACGAGUAAAAGAGAUCUACAAUACCUACAAAAAUAAUGUUGGAGGUCUGCUUGGUCCAGCUAAGAGGGAAGCCUGGCUGCAGCUGAGGGCCGAGAUUGAAGCCCUGACAGACUCCUGGUUGACACUGGCCCUGAAAGCUCUCACACUCAUUCACUCCCGGACGAACUGUGUUAAUAUUUUAGUAACAACUACUCAGCUUAUCCCAGCAUUGGCGAAAGUCCUGCUGUAUGGAUUAGGAAUUGUAUUUCCAAUAGAAAAUAUUUACAGUGCAACUAAAAUUGGAAAGGAAAGCUGUUUUGAGAGGAUAAUUCAGAGGUUUGGAAGAAAAGUGGUGUAUGUUGUCAUAGGAGACGGUGUGGAAGAGGAACAAGGGGCAAAAAAGCACGCCAUGCCCUUCUGGAGGGUCUCCAGUCACUCGGACCUCAUGGCCCUACAUCAUGCCUUGGAACUGGAGUACCUGUAACAGCCCCCUAGCACUUUGAAACCACACAACCGCCCUGUGACCAGGGACACAUCCAGCAGGCUGAGUCCCGAGUCGGCGCCGGACUCCAAACUAGCGAUUUCAACGUUUUGAUGCCCAGCUGCUGUGGGUCCUCGCCUCUGCCCUUGUGGUAAAUGAAGGACCACAUCCCUUUCUUCAGAACAGCUGUUGACUCUAGUACUGUGAAUCCAAUGCAAAUAAGCCAUGAGAAUGUUCUAGCACAGUGUAACGUGUCUUGGCCACAUUAACUACAUGGUUCGAACCUGUGAAGAAAGGACCUGCAGACGCUUUACGUUUUUAGCAUCUUCAGUGUGACCUAAACAGCUUCUCCAAUACAGCAAACUUGAUUGCACAACAAAGACUGAAAUGGGUUUCCUGAUUA